AUGCGCGACACCCACUGCAUGGAUCUCGGCGGCGAUGGCGGCGAGCGCGGCGGCUCCGAGGCGCUCGCGGCGCGGAUCGCCGGCCCCCCUGCGGCCGCCUCCGCCACCCCACCCGCGGUGUGGUGCGUGAGCACGGCGAAGCACGGCAACGGGGUGACGAACCUCCUCAGCUGGGGGAACUUCCACACCUACUGGCAGUCCGAUGGCGUCCUGCCGCACUGCAUUCGCGUGGACUUCGCCGCGCUGCUCGCGGUCGAGGCGGUGCUGCUGCUCCUCUCCCACGCCUGCGACGAGAGCUACACGCCGCGGGUGGUAACGAUCCGGGCCGGGUGCGGCGCGGCGGAUAUGAUGGAGGUCGGGCGAGGGGUCUUUGAAAGCCCCGAGGGCUGGGGCUGCAUCGAUCUCGGCGAAGAGGAAGAGGAGGCGGAGAAGGCGAAGGAUCCUGAUCCUGGCAACGGCAGAGUGGCUCGAGGAGGUGACCUCGCGAGUCGGGGGGUGUGGUGUACCCGUUUGGAGAUCAUCAUCGUUGAGAAUCGCGAUAAUGGCAGGGAUUGCCACGUGCGCGGGGUUAGAAUACUAGGGCCUUGUCAAGAGCCCGCCUGCACCUACCCCGCCUCCACAAGAAACCUCCUUUUGCGUUAG